AUGAGCACUUGCAGCAGGCGUCCGAUGGUUCGUGCCAUUGCAUCUGAUCUGUCCAACGGAUCAGGAGGAGCCUGGGGGUUAUGUGGGUGCGGUGGUGGUGGUGGUGGUGGUGAUGGUGAUGGGUUUCAUCCAAACCUCGUCGAACAGGUUCGAUCCGCCAGUCAUGUUGUGCUGAUUAGAUUGGGUUUGGUGAAUUGGGUUCAUCCCUCGUUUGAUCGCGGCUUUCAUGACCCCGUGUGGGUGGAGUCAGUCGGGAACGAGUGUCUACAGUACGAGUCUACGGCAGAUCUUCGUCUCCUGAACCAUACUAUCUACUCGAUAUCAUUUUGCACAUUGGUGAGGAUGGAUGACCUUGGGAAAGGAAAUGUCUCAGAGAGCGAUCCAGCAUGCUGGACAAUUGAUGAGAUGAUGUUGGUGAUAAACAAAUGA